GAAACUUACGAAAAUCCUGAAUUAAAACCUCUUAAUUGCUGCGUGGCUUGCUUAAAAGAUGAAAAUAAUGCCAAAUUGCAACACAGCGUCGGGCCAGCCACAAAAGAACUCUACAAAACGCUCGUAAAUGAGGAAAUCAACGAAUUUGGAUUCGCUACUCUGCCCUUUUGCAGCAUUUGCCUCAAGAGUAUGAAUAACAUUCUGAAAUUCCAACAGCAAUGCGUCAAAUCGCUCGAAAAUCUGAAACUUCAAUUCAAUAUCGGUCCAGAAAUGGUAAUUAUCAAAGAGGAACGAAUAGAUUCUGACUACGAAGACACAAAAUACGAGCAUUUCGAUGAGCCAGACCAUUAUGAUGAUGAAGAUUACGCUCCAAGUACCUCGAAAAAUGCAUCAAAAUUCAUUCCUAUCGUGAAAAUGGAAGAGCCAAAAGUUGUUUCAAAAGUCACAGAUAUCAAAACCGAAGAAGAAUGCAAAAAAUUGGGCAUCACACUGCAACAUAUCCGUAAAAAUAUGCGAAACGCAACUGACAAACGCUAUUAUUGUGAUAAAUGUGAGUGUUCCUACGUGAAAACCAUGGAGUUGCAACGACAUAUGAUGACGAAACAUUUCGGAGCAUCAAAGUGCAAAUAUUGUCGACAAGUUUUCAUUGAUCAGGAAGCGUUUGAGCAACACAUGCAACAAGAAGAGCUCAAAAAUCAAAAUAAAAAGCAAGAACAAAUGCUACAUUGCUGUCACGAAUGUGGUUAUACCUCACGAUGGAAGCAGGCUCUUCAGAAACACAUCUCUUUAUAUCACUCUCCAGAUCAACCACAUCUAAUUUGUGAUGCUUGUGGCAAAACUUACAAACUUCGGGCUCAUUUUAAGCAACAUUUCAUGGAAAAUCACAUGGAAAAGCGUCUCACAUGCGCUGAAUGUGGCAAAAAAUUCGCAUUCCAAUACAACUUGAAACUUCACAUAAGAGAUUAUCAUCCGAAGGACGAAGAUAAAGGAUAUAGUGAAUGCGAAAUUUGUCACAAAAAAGUCCGAACUCCACAUUUAAGAAAUCACAUAAGAUUUGUGCAUAAGAACAUCCGAAGUUAUGAAUGCACAAUUUGUCCGCACAAAAGUAUUAAUAAGAAAAAUCUGGAAAUUCAUAUGAAAGCGCAUGAAAAAAAUACUGUGAAAUUAAGGACUCCAAGGAAGAGAAUAGUUGACGCGAGUGGAGUUCCAAAAGUAUUAAAAAGGACAAUCCGAAGUUGCGACGAAUGCGACAUGCAGUUCGACUUAAAAGCUGAUCUCAUGCAACACAAAAUCCUCACACAUUUAGAUAAGGCUAUCGUCGCUCGAGAUUACGUUUCUUGCCAAUUAUGCAAAGUAACACUCAAAAAGAGCUCAAUUCACAUGCACUUCAAAACAGUUCACGUAAAUGCUCGAAAUUUCAAAUGUGAUCAAUGCGACUACGCUUGCAACUUGCAGAAAAAUCUCAAUAUUCACAAAAUGCGACAUGCCGGUCGAAAAAUCUACAAUUGCCACAUUUGUGCGCAAGGUUUUGAGUAUCUUGGGCGCAUUCAGCAACACUUUGAGGAAGAUCAUGGCUUGAAUUACACGAAAGAAGAGGCUUCAAAGGCGUGUAUAAGAGUUUUUAAAUAAA